AUGUGCGAAGAGCUUAAGGAGAAAAACGAAGAGCUGAAGAAAGUAAUAGCAGAGAAGAAUAAAGAGCUGGAGAAGGUAAAGAAGGAGAUGAACGAAAAGCUGGAAGAGGAACGUUAUGAAGUAGAAGGGUUAAAGGAUACGAUCUCUGCCCUUUUCUUCAAAGAUCGUCAAAGCAAUCAUGAGAUACACGAAGCACGCCGUGAAUUGAUCAGUGGAUUGACAGAUUUAUCUGACAAGAGAUCCACGAUCAGAGUCAAGCGCAUGGGAGAAUUAGACGAAAAGGCGUUUGUGAAAGCAUGUAAGGGGAGAUUCACCGACGAAAAAGCUGAGGUGGAGCAGUACUUCCUUUGCUCGACAUGGCAGGAAUACAUCAGAGAUCCAGCGUGGCACCCAUUCAAACGCGUGGGGACUGGAGAAAAUAUCACGGAAGUGGUGGAUGAAGACGAUGCGAAACUUAAGAAUCUGAAAGAAGAGUGGGGUGAAGAGGUGAAGAACGCAGUCAAAAAAGCAGUCGAGGAAAUCAAUGAGUUUAACCCAAGUGGCCGGUACUUAGUUCCGGAACUUUGGAACUUUAACCAAAAGAGAAAAGCCACACUCAAAGAAGGAAUUGCUCAACUGAUGACACUGAUCAAAACUCACAAACGCAAGUACCCAUACCUAUGAUGAGUGUUUGGUUCUUUUGGAAUCUCUAUUUUAUUUAAACUCUCCACCUCUUGUUAGUCCAUUGCUUCUCGUUUUGUUUGCAUCUUGAAACUAAGCUACCUAUCUAAAACCCGUACGUGGAGGGUUCUUUUUUAAUUUCUGGUUUAUUUCUAUCUAAAAGCAAUGCGAUUG